AGGUGAGUGAGAGGAACUGUUGGAGGGAAGGAAAGGGGGGGCACAGGCGUCAUUUCACAAUUUCUCUCAGGUUCACUUUUCCCCGUGCAUUUCUUCAAUCCUCCUCCUCCUUCCUCCGCCGCAUCCGAUCAGAGGAUAUGGGGCUUCUCUCCAACAGGGUCGACAGGGAGAGCUUGAAGCCCGGGGAUCACAUCUACUCUUGGAGGGCUGCUUACAUCUACGCCCACCACGGAAUCUAUAUCGGGGAUGACAAAGUCAUUCACUUCACAAGGCGGGGACAGGAGGUUGGAACAGGGACAUUUAUCGAUUUUCUCUUAGUGAGCUCUUCCCCAACUCAGGUCCCAUGCACAACCUGCACUCCCGCAGAAGAGGAUCACGGCGUUGUUAUAUCCUGCCUAAACUGCUUCUUGUCUGGUGGGAUCCUUUACCGGUUUGAGUACUCUGUGAAUCCAGCACUCUUUCUGGCUAAAGCACGAGGUGGGACCUGCACACUCGCAGUGUCUGACCCACCAGAGGUUGUGGUUGCUCGAGCAAAGUACCUGCUCGAAAAUGGGUUUGGGUGUUAUAAUGUCUUCAAGAACAACUGCGAGGAUUUUGCCAUCUACUGCAAGACAGGACUUCUUGUUCUGGACAAUGGAGCCAUUGGACAAGGAGGGCAAGUGGCUUCGAUAAUUGGUGGGCCACUUGCGGCUGCUCUUGCCACUCCUUUGAGGCUUGUGACCACCAAUAUCUACGGGAUGGCAGUUUCUGCUGUGGCAAUGUACUGUGCUAAUAGGUAUGCUGCUGAUAUCGGGAGUGGUAUGAGGAGGGAUGUGGUGAAGGUUUCAGCGGAGGAUCUCACGAGGAGGCUCUCUACCGGGCUGCUUCAGGUGAUUGAACCACUUCCAAGCGUGCCGCAUUCAGUCUCUUGACCUAUUGUCUUCUGCAAUUGAUUGUGUGGGUAAACCAUCUAUUGGAAAUUGGAUAUAAACUAUCAUACAACUUCUGAAAUAUCAGUUAUCAUAUAAAUUCCGUUGGCUUUAUCUUUUUCUAUAUAUGAAUUGAUGUAAUGCUGUUUCUGGAGUGAAGAACUAUCUCUGGCAAAGAAAUAGUACUUGACCACAAA